UUGGUACGACGCAGCAACAAUGUCCGUGACUCUGCAUACGUCCUUGGGAGACAUCAAGAUGGAGGUGUUUUGCGACACUGCUCCGCGAACAGCAGAAAACUUCCUCGCACUGUGCGCAAGCAAUAGCUACGACAACACAGUAUUCCACAGAAACAUGAAAGGAUUCAUGAUUCAAGGCGGAGACCCCACGGGCACGGGCAAAGGUGGGGAAAGCAUUUGGGGCGGUGCCAUCGACGACGAAUUCCAUCCGCAGAACCGAGUACGCUCUGUCCCGAUGAUGGUAGCUUCCUGCCGAUGUCUUUCACCGCCAUGCCAUAGCACAACGUGCGAGGGAUUGUGUCCAUGGCCAACAGCGGUGCGAACACAAACAAGCAGCAGUUCUUCAUCACGUAUGCGAAACAGCCGCACCUGAAUAAUGUGUACACAGUGUUCGGCAAAGUCAUCGACGGGUUUGACGUGCUGGAUGCAAUGGAGAAAGCCCAAGUCGAUUCAAAGCACCGACCGCUCAAGGACAUUGUACUGAACAACGUCACAAUUCACGCCAACCCGAUCGCCGACGACAAAUAAAUGACCACCUCUUCCGUCUUCUAAUCUAUCGUGCUUGGGUCUUGGACGAAAGGACCACGCUGCAGUCGUAUAUACCGAUAUAAGUCUGUAUUACAUCCCUCCAUGCCGAGGUUCCUGCACACGGAUCAUCUGCGUGGGCGGAAUGAGGAGCUCAUCGUUGACGGACGACCCCAGAUACUGCCGCAGGAGCGCCUUCAAUUCACUGUUCUGCACCUGCAGCGCUGAAACCGAGUCGAUGAGGGACUUGCGCUGCUUGAGGACCAUGUUGUACUCGGUCAGCCCCUUCUCAAGGGCCAGCCAAACCCUACACAUUCAUAACAAUUGCGACUCCCAUUUUCCACACUCCAUACCGUUGAGUCGCGUCA